AUGUCGACCAGCGACGCACAGCACCACGGCCACGCGCCCUCGCACCUCCUCGCCGCGCUCCUCUCCACGAUCACCACGUCGAUCAUCCCUCUGACGACGCCCGCCGUUGCGCGCGGGUGCAAAGUGUUCGGCGCAUCCAUUCUGUCCAAGUCGACGCUCACUCCGAUCGUCUCUUCCACCAACGACGAGAUCACCUCCCCGCUGCUGCACGGGGAGAUGGCGACGCUAUUCGCCUUUCACGAGCACAACAAUUCGCUCCCUGCAGCAGACCGAGUCGAUCCGAAGGACUGCGUCUUUCUAGCAACACACGAACCGUGCUCCCUCUGCCUCAGCGCGAUCACCUGGAGCGGAUUCGACAACUUCUACUACCUCUUCACGUAUCGGGAUACCAUGGAGAGCUUCGCCAUUCCACACGACAUUGAGAUUCUCAAAGAGGUCUUCCAAACGAGCCAGGGAGACGACGCGAAGCUGUACAAUCGCAAGAACAAGUACUGGCAAAGCUGGUCCUUUCAAGAUCUCAUCGAUCAAUCGCCCCAAGAGGAGAGAGGCGAGCUGCAAAGGAGAUUGGAAGAGGUCAAGGCGCAAUAUAACGGGCUUUCAGAGACGUAUCAGUCGAGCAAGGCUGAUCAGACACCAGGGCAGAUUCCGCUCGCAUAG